CAUCGACACCACACCUCUGCCACUCUACACGAUCAGUUCCAGACAUCGAGAGGUACACCAAGAAAGACGAUAGAUAAAGCCCACAACACGGUCGUUCGCCCCCUUGCACCGCUUUGCCGAGGGGCAGCGACGCCCAAACGACUCGCGAAUCGUCAUUGUGCUCGGUGGCGAAGCUCGGAGUUCCUGAUCGAAUCCUCCUCACACGGCUGUCUUAGCGAAACCUAGCGAUCGACAACAUGCCUCAAUCUGAGGCUUCUUCUUCUGCUUGGGAAGUCUUGUCUAGAGACGACCCCAACUCCUCUCCCUCCGCCGUAGCCUUUCCCACCUCACCGACAUCUCCCACCUUUCCCAUCGCAUCGCGCUCAGCUGCCACCAAAGGGCCCACCGAGACCAUUACUGAGAGGCUCGCCAAAGUAUCUCUAGGCAAUUCCUGUCAACCCUUGCCUCAGGGCCACCAAAUUCGAAACGUCAGCGGCGGGUCAGUCGACUCGGGAAGCUCUGCGUGGGGAACCUUGGCUAGCAAGAGUAUCCUGUCGGGAUCCAAAGCGAAGAAGGACAAGGAGGAGCGUCGAGCGUUAAAGGAAGAAAAGAAGGAGAAGGGUUCGAUUUCGGGAACGAAAGAAAAGAGUGAGAGGGCAAAGAAGGAAAGGACGCACAGGGAGGACAAGGCGUUGGAGAAGCAACGGGACACGAGACCCAAAGCCGAGGUGGUCGAAAAGGUCCAACCUGCCCAGCCCGAAUCAACUACAGCUUCGUCGUCAAUCGUCCACGUCGCCGUUCCCUCAUCUUCAGUAUCAGCCCAACCAAUCAACAAUAGCCCGGCAGACCACAACAGAAAACCUAGAAGAUCUCGCAAGGGCAAGAACGCGCGAGCCAACGCUGGUGACAUCGUUGCUCCAGAGCCAGCUCUUUCGGACAACGCUAGCGUGGUCACUCCCUCUUCCGCACCGACGGCCCUCGAGCUCUGGUCCGAAGUUCAGAGCCAGCCAGCCUUGUCGUCUGCCGCCGGAAUUUCGGUCGCGGAGAUGUCCAUUGCUGAGAUGUCGAGCCAACAUAAAAGGGACAACAAGCAACGAAACAGGAGGUCCGGUCGUCAGAGCGAGAACGGGCGGAAUGAAAGCGAAGCUAGAAGCCAGGCUGCGGGGAUGAUGGAUGCGGGACAGGAUCUAACGGUGACCGAGAUGGUCAUGCAGGCCAAGGCUAGAGCUCGACGAGGCGGAGCGCCAGACCAAGAAUCUUCACGGGGCGGAGCAGAGGAGGACGAAGAAAUUCGACGACGAGAGAAGCGAAGGACCGCUCAGCGAGAGAAGCGUAAUCGAGCCGCUGCCCGGAAACAAGCUGAAUGCCAAGCGGUGACAGGCGAUUACGACCGAGGCGAUCGUGUUGCGUCCGGGUCGACUGGAGGACAAGGUCGAUCGGACUUGAGAAGUGGAAAUGAGGAUAAUUUUCGAGCCGACUCUGCCGCCCCCGCCCAGAGUUUUCGCCUGGUCAGGGGGACCUCUGAUACCUCCAGAGGGACGUCCGGGACCCCUACGGAUUCCGGCGUAUUACUUUCGGACGGGUCGAUGAACAGGAACGAAACGAGAGGAAUCAAACAGACUACCGCGAGCUCUUCCCGAGCCACUGGAGGAGGAGGUUCGUCCUCUGCUAUGUAUAUGCACACGAAAUCGUCAGCCGAUCCUCUCUACAGCGGGUAUCUAGUCGUCGAACCUCCUUCCGCGGGAUCAAGCAGAACUUUCGGAACAAUCUCCAAUUCGAACGAGAGCGUCGCGCCGCACCAUUCCAUCUCCCGACGUGGAAGUUUCGAUCACAGUGCCGGUCGAGAAAGGGACGCUCCCACGACGACUGUGAUCAUCGGUCUUGAACGACUCGACCUGAACGCCCGACGAGAUCAAUCGGCAGGACCGGCUGGGAAACAGGGUGGACAAGUGAAAUCGAUCCAGCAGCCCAAACAAAAAGGUUUCACUCCCGUUGCCCCGCCGCGACCUCAUUCCGUCUCCAACACUCUCGGCUCCGCAUCUACGAGGCCCUCGGCCCAUCCUCACGAACGCUACGCUCCAGACGACACGGACGAUGCGCACAGCAUUACGUCCUAUGAAGAGGCGCACUCGAGCGUCCGUGCGUAUCUCGAUCAAGAUCCAGAAUUCUUGGCGGAUCCAAAGAACCAGCUGGUCUUUUGGCAAGGGCUCUGUGUCGAGCUCGGAUUAGCUUUGCCCACCAAUAUGACUGUGGGGAAGCAACACGGCUCCAGCAGUCGAACCUACUUUGAAACCUCUGAAGAGGAACACGUCAUCCGCAGCACCACCUCGAAACGUCGUCGUGCCUACUCGACCACCAGCAGCACUAGCAGCGUCCGUACCACCUCCACGGCAUCCGACCGGACCGCCCAAGCCGCCGAUCUAUCCCGUAGCUCAACUCCCCGACCCGUCCUCCCUCUCGUCCCGACGUCCAAGACCGCCUGUCUCCGGCUGCUCAAAGCUGGUGCGCAUAUCAACCUGAGCGACUGGUUCGAGGUCCGACCCGAGGUCAACCAGAGGCUCACCGAUCUGCGACGUCGACGAGGUGCAGGGGCCGUCUUGGGGGAAGAAGAGAUGGAGUACGUAUACGAGCCGUUGAGACGGUUGAUGUUUCCCUCGGCAUCGGCGAUGAUCAGGUACACGUGCAAGCAUGGCAAAUUCGUCGGUAAAAAGACAUUGAAGGCCGAAUGGCUCGAACCGUUGAUGAAGGAUAUGCACUUCGGUGGUCAGACGAGACGUGGGUAGAUGUCAUGGCUGUGAUGAUAGGCAGUGGAGCGAGAUACGACGGACAGGAGAGACUCUAGAUAGAGAGGAGAAGAAGAAGAAGAAAGGCAGUGGCGGAGGAUACAGGGGGUGAGGAUUUACGGGAUCACGGUUUGCUUUCCCACUUUACGCUUUUACGUUAUCAUCUACGCUGUGCGUUGUGGCUCAAAUUUUACUUUACGCCGCAUUUGUUUCUCUUGUUGUCUUGUGCACACUGGAAGUGCUGUUGUAUAUCUCUGUAGACCGGGCCGCCAGACCGUAUCAUAUAUAUCAUGUCAAAAUGUACAAGAGG